UUUUUUUGUCAUUGUCGUGGUAAUUUGUACGGAACUUUGCAGGUCGAGUUCAAACAGUUUAAUUUCCUUCCUUCAAAAUCAAAUUCAAACCCUUUUCUGUUAAAACUCUAAUUGAAGAAUCGUUGUGUCAAUGGCUCUUCCUAGUGAGGUUGGCUUGCGAGUGCUCUUUUGUCCACUUGGCUCCAAUAUUGUUAUCCGGACUGCAUGCUGUUCUUUGGGAACCACCUUACCUGCCUAUUCAACAUUUAAAGCUAUCGAGAAGAACGACCAAGACCAACAACGAAAGUGGCUUGUGUAUUGGGCAGUUUAUGGAUCCUUCAGUGUUGUAGAAGUGUUUGCAGACAAAAUCCUCUCAUGGUUUCCUCUCUACUACUAUGUGAAAUUUGCUUUUCUAGUUUGGCUGCAGCUUCCAUCUUCUGAAGGAGCAAGACAGUUGUACAUGAGCCAUCUCCGCCCUUUCCUCUUGCGGCAUCAAGCUAGAUUGGAUCAUAUUGUGGAGCUUAUAUAUGGUCAAAUGAAUAAAUUCAUUAAUGCCCACCAAGAAGAAAUCCGGUUCAUGAGAAAUAUUGUUCUGAAAAUCUUCACAUCAGCAUACCAAAUGGUUCAGGGUAAUACUCAUCAGGAACCGAGACACUCGACUAGUUCCUUCCAAGGCAAUUCAAGACGAUUACUAGAUUCAUCAUCAGACCGGGAAGACUGAUUAUUUCUUCUAACGAGCAUACUCUGUCAAUUUUUUGUCUCAAAAUUCUCUCUCUUGUUUCACUAGCCACGCACAGAAUACUUUGCUGGAGGUAUAGCAGAGUUUUCUCUAGCUGGGGAGUACUGGAUGGAGAUGUAAGUAAGAUCUUUCUGGUGAAGCUGGCAUACUCGGCUGUUAAUUUAGAUCGGUUCAUGAACGGGGAAGCUUUUUUUUGUUAAUUAUGAAUGGAAAGUAUAAGAUUAGAUGUAAAGAACCCUAGAUAUAAAUAUCCAUUUGCAUUUGCUCUUCAACUGAGUUCUAUUCUCCAUGGUGCAUCCGGAGACACAAGAUCUUAAACUAUCAUGUAACGUUGUGUAACUACUUAAUAAUAUUUUAUAAUAAA